CCUCACAAAUCUUUGACCACCUUUGCGUGUAACAGCAAUCAAAACGGUAGAAAUCUGUGUUAUCGGUCUCUCCUGUCCAAAAACCGUUAGUGGUCUUCUAAGCAUCAACGCAACUCUUGCAGCAUCAUGGUCACCUCGAUCGAGAUACCAAGUUCGUACACGACACAAUGGAACGCUGGCACCUGCCAGCCUCCGACGCGGACUCCAGUCAUGCAUGGCCCGGCCCGACCUGCAUACAAUUCCUCAUGUAACAACUGCAGACGAUCACGAGUCAAGUGUUCUGGUGGAAACCCUUGCUGUCGUUGCGCAAACCUUUCCGUCCCCUCUGCGUGCGUUUACAAAAUCACACUGACCUCUAUAUACCCGGCCAGCGUUUAAAAAUAUGUUGAACGGUGUGAAAACUUAAACGCGAUUCGCGUGUCUAGGGGCCUAGACCGCAUUGAGGGCCAUAGACUGGCCCUAUAGCACUCCACACCUUCAUUGUGGAGGGAAGGUUUCGACAGGUAUCUACAGGAGGACGGUCGCAGUGCGUGGUAAACUAGUGCGGGAGGAUCCCUUUCUUCAUAUAACGAAGAUUUUGCCAAACUGCAAUCUUGACAAUUAUAUCAAGGGAUGACGAAAGUGCUGCGGCUCGCAGAUUAUUCGUUGUUGUCGGUGUGGAACGUCGUGGACCAGAUAUAUCCCAGUAGGCAUUCGACCAAUCAAUCAUUUAACCGGCCUCUAGGCAUCUACAUGGCAUUCUAGGGUUGAAGCACGUGAU